GCUUUGCUUCCAUCGGCACCGCUGCCGCUUCUGCUUCUUUCCUCUACUACCACGUAGCCCCUCAAGAGAUCAUCCGUCUCGCGCUUUAACGAUCUUAUCCUCCCUCUGCGAUGGUUUCACCACCAGAGGAAGUUGGACGGGCGGGACCGAGCGACGUGCUGGGCACGUCGCCCCGUCGUGCCGCCUCGUCUGCUAUGCGCAUUGACCUCCCACGACCUGAUAAUGCAGUGGCAGAGCCAAGAACAAGGCGGCCGCCGCCGCCGUUCGCAGCAAGCUACCAGGACGGUGCGCCUUCAGCUCUCUUUAGCCCUGCGAACUCAGGCUUUAAUGCUCAAGAAGGCGGCUGUAACGCGUCGUCGUACCCGGCUGGACUAUUCUCACGCCCUGCUCAGACCCCCACAUCUGCUCCAUCAUUGGCAGGAGCAGCAGUCAGCUUGUCAGAUAGCUCGAGCAGCAGCAGCCCCCGCAUCAAGAAGCCAACACGAGGCCUGUCCCUCAACAUCCCACCAGGAUCGCAGGCGUACGGAGGUCUUACUCCAGUGUCGUCCUCUCUGGGCAGCGCCGAUGCGCCGCCAGUCUCAGCCGUCGAUACGCAGGCCCCUCGUCUCGUACCGGUUGCAGCGCAGCAUGGCGAAGGGAGCGGCGGCAGCAGUCUGCUUGGGCCAGCACCCCCUCUCUCUCAGCGCGUCUCGUCGUCCAAACGGAGACCGGCUCGCCUUAAUCUUGGCGGGAAUGCGCUUGGAUCGUCGUCAGGAUCAUCCUCCGCCGCAGUCGACUCAAACAGCCACAGCGUACCCAACUCCCCCUGCAUAGCCGCACCUCCAGCAGCAGCGCCCCUCAGGCCCUCAGCCAUACUCUCGACUGGCUUGACUGCCAUUGCAGAGCAGGAAAAGCAAGAGCUCAGGAGCACACUGACAGGCAGACCCAGGCGGCGGCCAAGCAUGCCCUUUGGUCCCACCAAGAUCCGGGCUGGCGCGGCCCAGCCUCCUCUUGCUGCCGCCGUGGACGACAAUGCUUCGCUACAGCCGCCAGAAGCGUGGAGAGAUCCCUCGCAAGACAUUCUCUCUGGCCAGGGCUCAACAUUACAGCAUGCUCGUAGCGUGUAUGCCGCGGGUCCCAUCGAAGUGCUGCCCGGCCUCUACCUAGGCGACGAGCACAACGCCAGAGACAAUCACAUGCUCGCCUCUCGCGGCAUCACCACGAUUCUCAAUGUGGCCAAGGAGACGACGCUAUCCUUCCAGACCGAGUCGAACGUUGUACCGCUUCGCAAGGGCCGACAUGGCGUGUGGCACUCAGAGAUCCUAUCGCAGGCAGCAUCUGCCGAUCCAUUAUUGCGCUCUGGCAUUCAGCGGGCCAGCACCGUCUCUACGGAUGAGGUCUUCCACACGCCGCCCACUGCAUCGCUCUUCUCGCCGUGCGCGAGCAGCAGCAGCGGCAUGCCUCGCACACCCUUGUCUGCGGCGACCAGCACCUCCCUCGGCGAGCCAACGGAAUCCUUCAUGACGCCUAUCAGCGAGUCCCCGCCGUCCGUUCUGCCUCAGAGCGCAUCGUCGCAUCUGUUACGCAGCUCCCUUUCUACGCCCAACCUCCAAGUACAGUUUCAACGCGCCAGCCCGAAGCAAGGCGACAGAAGCACAGGUAGUAGUGAUGCGUCCGAAGAAGGCGGCGGCAAAGGGUCCUCGCUCUACUCAAGCGAGGCACCACCUUCGGACCAGACCCACGCAACCGACGUGGAAAGCGAGGAACUCACUGAAGUCGAUGACCCAGACACCCUUUACUCGGCCGUCGAGCUUCCCGAAGACGCCCUUAAGCUCAGCAUCCCGGCGUCGCCGUCAGCAGGGCGCUCAGAGUCCAUUCGCUACAUCAAGCUUCCGUGGACGCAUGACCAAACCGAGCUGGCCGCGGCCAAGGGCGGCUUCGCGCAGGGCUGUGCAGUCAUUUCUGAAGCGAUGGCGAUAGACCACUAUGGUCGCCCCCUCUUCGAUGAUGAUGCUCGCCCUUUGAAGCCAGGUGGCGUUCUCGUGCACUGCCAGUGCGGCGUGAGCCGGAGCGCCACGCUUGUCAUCGCUUUCGUGAUGCAGGCGGCCGCGCUCAACUACCCAUACGAGGCGACAAAGACGCUAACGGGGAUGCAUGACUGUUAUAAUCUAGUCAAGGACCUCUCGUCAAGCAUCUCGCCUAAUAUCUCUCUCAUCUACCAACUGGUCGAAUGGGAGAGGCAUUUGAGCGCUGAGGCUAUUAGGCUGAGAGAUGCCCUUCAGAGGCGGUCCUCUCAGCACAGUGCGACAACCGCGGCGACGAUCCGCCCACGCGGCGAGACAGGCAACAGUGCUGCGGGCGAGGUUUCCAGUAGCCACGCGGCAGUGGGCGAGACUCCAUUGCACGCAGGCACCGAUGCAAUGCCUCGCCCAGCAGCGGUCGGCUGGUCGAGCGAAGCCAUGGGCGAGGAGGAGUGGACGAGGAUGCGCAUGGAGGAGGAGCGCAAGGAGCAGCUCGAAGACGAGGCUAGGCGGCAGAAGUUGCAAGAGGAGACGGCGCGUCAAGCGGCGGAGCGGCGGCGAAGAGAGCAGGAGGACGGCGAUAGUGUCGCAGCCGUCUCACCGAGAGCUGUGCCGAACGGAUUGCCUGGUGUCGUGACCUCAGGAGGCGGACUCGGUGCGAGAAGGAGGAUGAGGACACCUGCGCUCAAGCUACAAGGGAGCAGCGAGGCAAUGGGGAGUGCCGGAGGAAUCGCUAGCGCGAGCGGCGGCAGAGAGCUCCCUCUGCGAAGUGCUCGUCUCGAUGGCGCUUUUCCUGGGCGUCUCGAGCCCGCGGCAGCGAGGGAGCCGAAUCAGGAGGACAGGGGUGAGGCAAAAGAGACUGCCCGACGCAUACCCAUGCUGUCUAUCAAUAGCGGCGAAGGCAGCGGCAAGGGCGUUGGCAGCAGCAAUGUGGCCUCGACAACGUCGCCAGGCGGCGCAACGCAAAGUCGCCCCGCCUCUGCAAAGAAGAUCAGCCUCGGUCCCGCAAGCGCCGGCCUCACAGGCACGCCCAGCAGGCCCAUUUCUCUUCCUCCACCGCCAGCGUCAGCCGUAUCAGCCUCUUCCUCCUCCCCGAUGGCCUCUGCCACCUCGACCCCCGCAAGGCUCAGCGCAUAUCUCAACGCGGGAGGCCCAGCCAACUCGGCCAAUGUGCUCAGCUCGCUGCUUCCGAGUGCAAAGGUCGACUUCGGCCACACGCACACUUCUGCCGCUGAGAGAAAGAAGCAACAUCGCAGGACUUUCAGCUCUGAACCAUCGUCCACUACGGCGAUGGCUGCCGCGCUCCUUUCGUCUAUGGAGAGUAUCAGGUCGGCUGCGGUUGCUAGUGGGACGAGACCGAGUGAGGUCAGCUUGGCUGGCGCGGGUGCGAGCGGGCAUGUAGCAGGUCAGGCAAGAGAAGAAGGUGGGACGCUCGCUGGACAGAGAGGGACACGGAUAUGAAGCGCUGGAGGCGGUAGCGGAGUCAUCGUAACGGCUGGGAUAGAGACGGACUAUUUCCUCUCCCGUGCCCUCCUCAUAUCACCGA